UAUCGAUACAGUGUUAGGAAGAGUGUUAGCGACAACACUUUAUUUUUCUGCGUAUCUAUCAUAAAGUGUCGAAAGAAAGAUCUCGUUGAAAUUUUCACGAAUCGAGACUUCAGCAGUAAAUCAAUUCUGAAAUAUGUUUCGCUUUUUUGCGGUAGUGACGGUGCUCUUUAUGACGACUGACGCACGAUUAGACAGGAACCAGAGGGAUUUCUUUCCAAAAUUUUUGAAAAAAGAUGGCAUCAACUUGCAAAAAGUUUCUUCCUCAGGUGAUAAUCUUCCUUCAGUACGUUUGACCAAUUUUAAAAACGUGAAUUACUAUGGCUCCAUUAAAAUUGGAUCUCCACCGCAAGAAUUUAAAGUUGUAUUUCAUUGUGGUUCCACACAUCUUUGGGUAUUCUCCAAAAAUUGCACACUUUCUCUUUGUUCAGGACAUAAUCAAUAUUAUAGUGUGGAUUCCUACACACAUAUAAGAAAUAAUACUAACAUUAAUAUAAAAUACGUCGAUUACAGUAUUAAUGGACUCCUAUCUACUGAUAUAGUGAAUGUUGCCAAUCUCGAUGUAAAGAAUCAAACAUUUGCAGAAGCAUUAUACAUAUCAAAUGAAGAUAUGUUUAAUAUACAAGAACUUGAUGGUUUCUUAGGCCUGAGCUCUUCCAACUUAUAUGAUGAAACAACGCCUAUCUUCGACAACAUGAUUAAGCAAGGUUUAGUGUCAUCACGCAUUUUCAGUUUUUAUCUAAAUAGAAACACUUCAGCCGAUUUAGGUGGUAUGUUGACAUUGGGUGGUUCCAAUCCUAAUUAUUACGAAGGACAUUUCACAUAUAUUCCUUUUAGUGAUAAAGAGUACAUGCUGCUUACCAUUGAUAGUAUCCAAAUAAAUAAUUCAACUUGGUGCGAAGAAAGCUGCGAAGCUGUCGUUGAUACAAAUGCUUGGAAAAUAAUUGGGCCACGAUUACAUAUUUCACAUAUUUAUAAAUUUAUUGAAACUGAUCGACAGGGAACGGUGGACUGCGAUCGAAUUUUCCAAUUGCCUACAAUCACGUUUAAUUUGGGUGGUAAGGCGUUCGAUCUUACCAGUAAAGAUUACAUUAUUCGGCAUCCAGAUGAUGAAAGCAUAUGUAUACCCGUUUUCUCGAAAGGGGUUUACUCAACAUAUUACGAUGAUAUAGAAUGGGUUCUGGGCAUGCCAUUUGUUGGUCGUUACUACACCGAGUUUGAUAUGGACCAAAAUCGAGUGGGAUUUGCUUUGGCGAAAAAAGUAUAGAAAUUAUCAAAAUGUAUAGAAAAUCUUUCAUUGUCACUCGCUAAAAGUGAAUCAGUUUAUUAUCACUGUAAUCAGUGCUGUACUUAUAACUGCUUGUAAUCAGUGAGUAUUUACUGUUUUUCAGUAAAUAUUCACUGAUUACAAAUAGUUAUAAGUACAGCACUGAUUACAAUGAUAAUACACUGAUUCACUUUUAGAGAGCACCUUUUAUUGUGUACUUUAUCAUCAUUUUUUAAAUUAUUUAUUUAGUUUUCGAUAAGAAACAAAUCUUUUUUAAUCGCUAACCGACAAAUUUUGCAUAUUAUUAAUGUGAAUUUUUACGUAUGUACAUAAUUGUGACUUAAUUUUCAACAUCAAUACUUUAUCGUGAAAGCAGCUGAUAUGAGCUUAUUGCUAAUUACAAUGCAAAUUUUUGCGAGGAUUGUAAUUUGCUAAGUUCAUUGUUGCAUGGCCGUCUAGUCGAUAUAAUCAAUCUAUUCUUUUGAAAUGCCGAUAUUUCCUUCAUUAACAUUCUUAAUCACAAGCACAUUUAAUAAUUUAUUUUAAUACAAUAAUUAUAAAACAAAAUAUUAAAUAAAAUAUUUUUAAAUUUGAUUAAUCGAUAGGACGGAUUCAUAACACGGAUGUGUUUCGAAUGCGCGCGAUUGUAUAUAUAAUCGCCAUCAAAUGUCUAUAAAUGAUAGCUAAUAGUCGAGUAUAAUUUCUUUUUGUAUGUCGUAAUGUACAGAAAGGAAUUUACACAAAAUUUCGAAAACAUGCUUUCUCGUGGUGACUGUGGUGUUGAUCGACGCGAAAAUCCAAAUCUAAGUUCAUAUAUUAUAUUGUAUGUGUACGUUACAUAUCGAUAUAAUAAGUAUUGAAUUUAUAAAAGUCGAUCUACUUCGUCGUGACCACAUUCUACUUUCUGUAAUCAAAACCUAUGUAAAUGUGAUUGCAUAUAUAGAAUGAUAAAUCUGUAAAUAGAAAGUUAUUCAAGUGCUGUGCGAUGACCAAUAAAAGUU